GCUAACACAACGUACGUACCCCCUAUCUAAUAAUGGAUGUAUAUACCUACUAGGAGUCGUGGUGUCGUACGGAGAGAGACAGGUGGAUGGGGACGCGGCUAGGACCGACUUCGCUUACUUACCUACCUACCUAGGUAUUACAUGGUGGUUUCAUGAAGCACGCAAAUUCCGACGGUGCUGGUUGAAGAGAGCUCGGGGGCAAUAGAAGGACCCGUGGAGUUCUCUAGGUUCCUGCUUCUGCUCGACUAGCAUACUUGACCGCAUCGGGCGCACAGCCGGAACCGCCCUCAGAGACGGUGAAGGAAGAGCCCAGGUACAGACAAGUUGUCCGACAGAACGGCAGGGUUAGCGAGAGCAUACUGGAUUUGGGGGCGUUCGGCCACCAGCCCUACACCAUGGACAGGAAGGAUGAGGUGGACGUGGAAAGCGAUAGGGACUUAAGUGCUGAGCCCCUCGAACCCACCACCGUCGAACGGGUGGCCGAUGGCCGAACCAUCCCCGCCGACACCGAGACGAACGGCCCAUCUACUGCGCCGCCGAAUGCCGCCGCUAAGCCCGCAGUUCCGGAUGGCGGUCUCCAGGCCUGGCUCCAGGUCCUCGGGGCCUUCGUGGUCAUGCUCCUCACGUGGGGCAUCGUCAACUCCUUCGGUGUGUACCAGACCUACUACGAGACCGAGUUGCUCGUGGGGAAGGCCUCGUCGUCGGAUAUCAGCUGGAUCGGCUCGCUGCAGGGCGCCCUCCUCAUGAUGGGCGGCCUGGUGUCGGGCCCGCUCUUCGACGCUGGUUACUUCCGGCACCUGACUUCGGCGGGGCUUCUGCUCGUCCUGCUCGGCCUCUUCAUGACGUCGCUGUGCUCGGCGUACUGGCACAUCGUGCUUGCGCAGGGCGUCUGCGUCGGCGCCGGCUCCGGCCUGCUGUUCCUGCCGUCCGCGGCCGUGCUCAGCCAGUACUUCGCGCGCCGCCGCGCCCUCGUCCUCGGCAUCCAGUCCGUCGGCUCGCCGCUCGGCGGCAUCGUCUUCCCCAUCGUCUUCGCGCGCCUCGCGCCCCGCGUCGGCUUCGCCUGGGCCUCGCGCGUGCUCGCCUUCAUCGCCCUCGCGCUCGCCGCCGUGCCCCUCGCCUUCCUGCGCCCGAACCCGGCGCUCGCCGGCCCGCGCCCGCGCCGCGCGUUCAUCGACACCGCCGCGCUCCGCGAGCCGCCGUUCGCCGUGUACACGCUCUCGGGCCUCGUCGCCUUCAUGGGGCUGUACGUGCCGUUCUUCUACCUCCAGCUGUACGUGCUGCGGCACGGCGCCGCCGACGGCCGCGUCACGCCGUACCUGGUGACGCUGCUGAACGCCGGCAGCGUACCCGGCCGGCUGCUGCCCAACUUCGCGGCGGACCGGCUGGGCAGCCUGCGGGUGCUCGCGGCGACGACGCUGGCGGCCGCCGCGACCGCGUACGGCUGGCUCGGCGUGCGCAGCGCCGGCGGCGCGGCCGCGUUCGCCGUCGUCUUCGGCUUCUGCAACGGCGGCGUCACGAGCCUGCCGCCCGCGGCGAUCGCGAGCCUGACGCCCGACCUGAGCCGGCUCGGCGCGCGCAUGGGAACCGCCUUCGCGUUCGUCGGCGCCGCGGUGCUGGUGGGGACGCCGGUGGCCGGCGCGAUACUGCAGUCCGGGACGGGCGCCGACGCCGACGCCGCGUGGCGCGGGCUCAUACUGUUCAGCGGCACGACGCUGCUCGCGGGCUCGGCCGGGUGGGCGGUCACGGAGUGGUUGCGGGUCAGGAGGAUCCAUAUGAGCCACUCAGAGUAA